AUGCCGCAACAUCGUCUUGCCACACGACGCCAUCAGAGGCUCUGCCCCACUGUCCGUCUCACCACCGUCCGUGGUGAUGUCACGAAGGUAGGUCGCUAUGGCGCUGCGCAGGCGGUUAGCGUAGAGGUUGAUACGAAAAGGGUCCCACGCAUUAUCAGACGCCUUGUUGCCGGUGCUGCUGCUACUACUAGUGCUGCCUCCGCCCAUACCUCUGCUCCCGCUGCUCAUGCGUCGCCCCCCAGCUCCAGAGGCAUCGCCACCGUUGGCGUAGUUGUUAUUGGCGUCAAAGGUAAUGCGUGGCUCCUCGCCUGUCUCCCCGUCGCAGGAGCGCACAUUGAGGUACUUCUCCCUCCAGUCACGCAAGUCAAGACUGCGUUCCAGCGGGACACCGAAGAACAGCAUUGGAAUGACUACCUCGACAAGGAAGAGGCGCACACCAGCGUCAGUGGAGGCGCCGAUGCGCACUAA